AUGGCGCCCAGGGCGUCGUCGCCGGCGGAGGCUCCCUCCUUCCCGUCUGUGUCCUCUGCGCUGCAGAUGCUUGUGCGGCCGCCUGUUCCAGCGUCAACAGGCGGGCAUGACCCCGGUGGAGCGAGUCGUCUCCGAGAGGGGCGCAGGGCCUGCGACCUGCGUUCUAGGCUGGGCCUUCUUCUGGGCCAGGCUGACGCGAUGUCGGGGAGAAGCCGAGUGGGCCCGGAGACGCACUGCGCAAGGCUCCACCAGCUUCUAGCGCGGCUCGCAAGGCUGCAGGAAACAGACCGCUUGCUGGACGCCAUUGAGUGUUCGAGUGCCUGCAUGGCACAGAUCAGCGACCCGGCCUGCCUCCGGUGCCUUCUUCGCGCACACUCCGCCCUAAGCAUAUCCCCGCCUCCGGCUGGCCGUGGCGUCUCUCUAGAGAGGCAGCGGCAGUGCAUGGCGUCGUCCAUCUGUGAGCACUUUUCAGCAGGAAUCCGAGGGGCGCUGGACAGGAUCCUUGCUUCGCGCCUCCGCGCCUACCACGAGACGCGCGCUCAAGCGCAUCUUACGAAGCCAGAGGCCUCCGACCAACUGGCUAGCCUCCUGUCCGGCCUCCGCGUGGAGGAUGCUGCCCCCAUUUCGGCGCACUGGAGCGACCAGCUCUUCUACACGGCUCUCUGCCGCGAAGCAGCCGUUGUCUGCGAGUCCCUGUCUUCACUUGCCCUUUCGGUGUCGGAACAGGUUAGGCGCUGUAUGCACUUGGGCGACAGCGGACCUUUGACUGCGCUGCUCCACGCCGCCAGGUCUUUCGUUUCUGCGUGCGAGCACGCCUUUUCUGUGUCCUUCCCGACUGGGCUGAUGAGUGAGAGCGGAGAGGCAGGCCUUUUGCUGGGCGGGAUCGAAGAGACGGGGCCCUACUUUUCUGCGCGAUUGAAGCUGGCCCGGGCAAGGGGGCGGCCUCGUUUAAUCGGGCGGCUGUUCGGUUGGUCCGCUGCGUCCCCCAUCGAGGCAUAUGUAGAGCGUAUUCGUCAAAACUUCAGCGGCCCUGCAGCAUGGGCUCCUCCCUACCCAGAGCCGGGCCAGAGCCUUGUGUCUGACAGCUCUGCUGCGAGGCGGUGGCACACUACCGGCGCAGGCCAGCUCUUCGUCGACUUCCUUGUUUUGUUUCUGGGGUCAAUCUUUGAUGCAUUUACUCUCGGGGAUCAGAUUGCAACCUUCCCCUCUAUAGGCCUGUAUCUCAGCAACAAUCCAGUGGCGGAGGAAGGCGGGCUAUUCGCACGGGUCUUCGCUACAUACUCAGGAAUGGUUGCCAGUGAAGCAGGAGGUCUAAGGGCUAUCGAGUAG